ACUACAAGCCCAGAUUCGUCAACAUGGAGAGCCCUGGCUCAGCCUCCAAGAAAGCUACCUCAGAGGAGGAGUACCAGGUCGAGGCUAAUGCGGUGAGAAGCUUGAGUGGGGUAGAAAACCCAGUCAAUUGGUCCAUUUUGUCAAAAUGGGUUUACACAGGCAUUGUUGUUGGCAUGGCUGGCAUAGUUGGAUUCAGCUCAAGCGUACACACUCCUGCCAUUCACGCAAUUGCUGAAGACUUCAACACCUCAAGGACGGCCUCCACAUUGGGCGCUACCAUGUACCUGAUUGGCUUUGGCUUUGGGCCAUUUCUCUUUGCUCCUUUGGCUGAGGUAUUAGGAAGGAAUUUUAUAUACUACUCCACGUUUCUGGCCUUCUGCUUGGCAAACCUGGGGUGUGCGCUUUCACCAAACAUAGCGGCUUUUCUUAUCUUUCGUUUCAUCGCGGGCUUCUCCGGGUCUCCCAGCGUUGCCAACUCUGGAGGGUCAAUAAUCGACAUGUGGCCCGAUUCGCAACGCUCCGUUCCCUUGGCCUUUUUCACAGUCGCCAGCUUCUGUGGUCCCGUGCUUGCACCUAUCAUCGGUGGCAUUCUGACACAGUAUGUAUCAUGGAGAUGGAACUUCUGGGUUGUUUUGAUCGUGUCUGGCGCGAUAUAUUGCCUCGCAGUCAUAGCACUGCCCGAAACCUACCCGCCGAAGCUACUCCAGCAGAAACUUGAGCGCGAGGAGAGAUUCAAAUCGGGGUUCGUAGGUCAACACCGACAAUCUCUGAAAACUCGCUUCGCCGUCAGCCUUACGCGACCAUGGAUCAUGCUUUUUACUGAGCCCAUCCUCAUCUCACUGUCUCUAUACAUGGCCUUCAUAUACGGCGUUCUCUUCCUCGAUUUCACAGCCUACCCCGUCGUGUUCCAGAAUACCCGUGGCUGGUCUCUGAGCAUCUCAGGGCUCUCAUUCCUCGGCAUUGGUCUUGGUAUGGCCCUCGCAGCCACACUCUCUCCCUUGGUCAAUCGUGUCCACGCCCACUACGUCCGCAAACUGGGUGCGCUGGGGGGCUCACAGCCAGAAGCACGUCUACCGCACCUCAUCAUCGUGGCAUGGCUCUUACCCCUGGGUCUUUUCUGGUUCGGCUGGACCGCCUUGCCCCCGACACCUUGGGAGUGGAGCGUUGUAGCUGGCGUGCCGUUCGGCUUUGGCUUGGUUAUGUUGUUCCUCGGGAUUACCGCGUACCUGACUGAUUGCUAUGCUGAGUACAGCACAAGUGCACUAGCUGCGAACUCGUUGCUACGGUCAUUGUUUGGUGCUGGAUUUGCUGUCUUUGCAGAAGACAUGUACGAGACGAUGGGAACGCCGUGGGCGACAAGUGUCCUAGGUUUUGUGGCAUUGGCGAUGGCGCUGCUGCCGUUGGUAUUCUUCAAGUACGGAGCACGUGUACGUGGUGUAAGUAAAUUUCACCUUGCCACUAUUGGACAUAGCAGACAGGUAGCAUAA